CAUAAACCCGACCGCCUCUCCUCAACUCUAUCUUUCUUUCCUUCCUCCAACACUCACUCUCAUCUCAGACUUCUUUGCAGACGAGACCCGCGACUCAUCUCCACGAUACCGCAUCAUCCCAACGACUAUCUUUCCUCCCAAGACAUCCGCUCAACACCGCCAUCAUGCAGAUCUUUGUUAAGACUCUGACGGGCAAGACCAUCACCCUCGAGGUUGAGUCCUCUGAUACUAUCGACAAUGUCAAGUCGAAGAUUCAGGACAAGGAGGGCAUCCCUCCUGAUCAGCAGCGCCUGAUUUUCGCCGGCAAGCAGCUUGAGGAUGGCCGCACCCUUUCCGAUUACAACAUCCAGAAGGAGUCCACCCUCCAUCUCGUCCUCCGUCUCCGUGGUGGCAUGCAGAUUUUCGUCAAGACCCUGACUGGCAAGACUAUCACCCUCGAGGUGGAGUCUUCCGACACGAUCGACAACGUCAAGUCGAAGAUCCAGGACAAGGAGGGUAUCCCCCCCGACCAGCAGCGCCUGAUCUUUGCUGGCAAGCAGCUUGAGGAUGGCCGAACCCUCGCCGACUACAACAUUCAGAAGGAGUCCACCCUCCACCUCGUUCUCCGCCUUCGCGGUGGUAUGCAAAUCUUCGUCAAGACUCUCACUGGAAAGACCAUCACCCUUGAGGUGGAAUCAUCCGACACGAUCGAUAACGUGAAGUCGAAGAUUCAGGAUAAGGAAGGAAUUCCUCCUGACCAACAGCGACUUAUCUUCGCUGGCAAGCAACUCGAGGACGGCCGAACUCUCAGCGACUACAACAUCCAGAAGGAGUCUACUCUGCACCUGGUUCUUCGUCUGCGUGGUGGUAUGCAGAUCUUUGUCAAGACUCUCACAGGAAAGACCAUCACUCUGGAGGUCGAGUCCAGCGAUACCAUUGACAAUGUGAAGUCCAAGAUUCAGGACAAGGAGGGUAUUCCCCCCGACCAGCAGCGACUUAUCUUUGCUGGUAAGCAGCUGGAGGACGGUCGCACCCUCUCUGACUACAACAUUCAGAAGGAAUCGACCCUGCACCUUGUGCUCCGUCUCCGUGGCGGUCAGUAAGCGACCUUCUGGGGAGCGAUGGUUUAUGAUGAGGCGUUUAGGGAAUGAAUGAACUUUGGAACCAGGCGAGCAUUUGCGGCUUGGAAUGACUAGCAUAUCCACCUAGUACGUAGUAUUCAACGGGCGCGCAAAAAUUUUGCGACGCGCCAAUAGACUCAUUUGAGGUCUCAAGAAACAUUGAUUGAUUCA